ACUCUGAUGCUGAUGUGUGUGUGUCGCCUGGGUCUGACGUCUCUCUCUCUCUCUCUCUCUCUCUCUCUGUACAUCUCUGAGUGUGUGUGUAAACAGGAUGAUGGAAGCUCACUCUCGUCCUCAGACCAUCACAUCAUCGUAAGUAACACACUGUGACGUUUGCGUACGUCAUGCAGCUCGAUGAAACAGACAGUGUAUUUGCUGAUCUGAACUCGGUGAUUCCUGAGACAGAGCUGCUGGAUAACAGCAUACAGAAGAGCCGAGCACCGCUACCGCUGAAGAGCAGGAGGAACCGACCAUCACGCUCGCGUCUCACUGACAGCCUGAGCUCCACCGAGGGGGACGAGGGGCCCGACACCAGGUCUGCAGACACGCCCCUCCACUCAGCUCCAGUGCACUCGUUCCUCCGUGACUCCACCCUCACGCCAGAGCUCCUCCUCUCCUCCUUUGACGCUGCCCUCGCGCGCAGAUCUCCGGAGGACCCUAAAGCUCAUCGUUACCGUCAGCUCACCAACACCACAUCCCACGAUGCACUGCUGCCCCCCGUCCCGCCCUCCCCCUGCAGGUCAUGUCCCGAAACCUCCCCUGUGCACUUCCGCAGGGGCCGACGCCCUGAAAGUGAAGUGUUGGUGUCAGAUGACAGUCAGGAUGAUAAUAUAGCCGAGUCCGACAGUCCCACUGUGGUUCUGGAUAAAAAGACCAAACGGAGGUUCCUGGAUUUGGGAGUGACUCUGCGUCGUUCAUAUGUCAGAGUAAAGAAAGAUAACGCAAAAAGAUUUUCCUUGGGAAGCCGAGAACUGUGCGAGAACUCAUCCCGCCAUUCGGGAUCCUUCGUGCCUUUUUCCUGGUUUUCCGACAGUCAUCGUUCCUCCUCCACGUCCUCCUCUCCCCGCAUGGUGACUCACUCCCGCAGCCCGAGCAAGUCCGACUCUCAGGAGUCGGCAUUCAGUGAUGAGUUUUCUCCUAAAAGUCCUCUGGCUCCGUCUGAAUCUCGCUCCUCUCAUCACCCGUACCAGACUCUGUCCCAGUCUUCAGACGAGCGUGCAGACGAGCCUCAGUGUGUCGCCAGAUCGUGGAGCACACAGCAGGUGUGUGAUUGGUUGAAGAGUUUAAACAUGGAGCAGUAUGUCCCCGAGUUCAGGGACAAAGACGUGGAUGGAGAACUCCUGCUGCAGAUGGACGGCACCAAACUCAAGGCUCUGGGUGUGUUAAACUCAUCGGAUCGCAGCGUUCUGAAGCGUCGCAUUAAAGACAUACACGCUGCAGCGGAAAAGGAGAGGAAAGCUCUGGACAAGCUGGAGAAACAGAGAGAGAAGCAGCGGAAGAAAGACCAAGAGCAGAGGAAGAGUUAAAAAUGGAGGCAGAAACGGGCUGCGUCUCAAACGCCCCAAAAACUUUCACACUCACUUAGUGUUCUUAUUAAAACGUCGGCCAUUUUGAGAAAAUCCUAGAGCACACUUAGUCCAUUUUAGCAAGAGUUCUGGGUCGCAUGUUAUGGGUGAUUAUUACCCAUAAUGCACUGCUGGUGUGUGUCAGGUUAGCAGUGAAAAACGACAGUGAGCUGGUUUACAGACAGUGGAAAGUUCACUAGAUUGUCUUUUACAUAGAACUUGAGCUCAGACAUGCUUAGUGGUCAUCUGUCAGGCUUUUGUUACGCAUGCUAAUUUGUGUAGAGCGCUAAUCUUGUACGCUAACUGCUAAUUGGCGGUUUUUAUGUGAUUUCCUGAACAGAAUAAAAUCUGAUAAUCCACCAUUAGGAACAUCACAUCCCAUUAAUCUACCAUUACAGACCAUCAGAAACGCACUAGCAUCCAGUAGAAAUCUCUACAUGGUUUCUAAUAAUGAAGAAGUGUUAGCGGAUUUAAAAAGCUAGCAUGCUAGUUAGCUGCUGUCACAGCUGGAGUCACCUACAGAACCAAGAUCAGCAUUUGUACGUGGUUCUGAGGGGUGUUUUUUCCCCAUCUGUACAUAAAGCUAGAUCUCUGUCAAGCUUUAUCUGAGUGUGCUAAUCUCAUAUGCUAACCGCUAAUUAGCGAUUAGCUAGCUGUGGUUUUAUAUGCUAUUAUUAUGACUUUACAUGUGUGUGGCUACUUGUGCGCGCUUGCUAAUCAGCUGCGUUAUAGUUAGAUAUACGAUUAGCGGAUUCUGUGUGUUCUAGAAUUUUCUGUGUUUCUUAAAAUGGCUAAUGCUGAUAUGAAAAAAUAGUGCAAAGUCACGAUUAACGACUCCUGUUUGUGAUCGUCACAAAUCAUUUUAGGUUUUAGUGACAGCGUGCACACACACGUCCCUCGUUGGCCCACUGACGUGCAGUGGCGUGGGAUUCUUUUUGGCGUUAUGCAGCACGUGUUGCGUUAUUAUCUUUAUAUUAUUAUGCCUUAUGUGUUAUAUGUGAAAUAUCACACUGGUCGGUUAGCUACGUAACAGAGUUAUAACACGUUCGGCUCCACCGUUCUCGUGUGUGUAAUAGAGAUGUGUGUGUGUAUCGUCUAAGUGUGACCAUAUCUUCACUUCAUCUCGAGAGAAAUAUUUAUUGAGGAAAAAACAAAGACAUUACAGAGAUAACUAGCAGCGUUAGCAAGAGUUAGCGAUGGGUGUUUCAAUGCGGUUUUUAACGUUUCCUCAUCUUCUUAAGCCUGGUUCUUUUACUUUAUCAGCUCAAGGGAGGUUUGUUUGAUGUGGGAUGGAGCACAGUUUUACCCAGAAUGCAUUGCUGACAUUGUUUUCCUUUUAAUAUAUAAACAAGAGCCACAAAAUUCUCCAUAACACAGCUCAGAAUCCCCCAAUUGUCACUCUAGCUCAUGCUAGCUAAAUGACCAGCUAACUCACAGUUCAUUAUACUAAUGACUAGCAUGCUUUACAUACAGUAAACAGCUGGAUGUACUCAUUAUUAGCAGCAGGCUAACUUAUAGUCAUCUCACAGGAUAACUGAAGAAUUUAAUUUGCUAGUUAAGUUAAUUUCUGGGCUAACGGCUAACAGCUAACAGUGCUCAUUUUAAUACUACUUCAUAAAAUGUCAUAUCUUACUGCUUUUCGUAUUAGAGAAUUAAAUAAAAUUGGGCCAUUUUUUAAGCUAACUGCACAUAAAGUGUGUGCAUUAUGCUAUUUCAUAGUUAGGCCAACAUCACGGAUAUCAUUACGUCAUUUGCUAUACCUAUACGCAGUGCGUUAAGAAAAUGCGUAACAGUUUCAGUCAUGUCAUGGGAAAUGGUUUCCAUUAGGGAUUUUCUGGUUACAGGAACCAUUAGGAACUUGAUAUUCCAUUAAAGUAAACUAAACAUUACAGAGCAUUCAACGUCCAUUAAAAACAAUUAGAUGCCAGAACAUCUGUAAUGGUUUCCAUCACAAAAUGGGAAAUGGCUUAAUGGUUCCUAAAUGUUUCCACUAGAACCCAGUAAGACAUUCUUUACCAUCAGAAUAAAAUCAGAUAAUCCACUAGGAACCAAUAGAAACCACACAUUUCAUUAAACUACCAUUACAAACCUUGAGAAAUAUUAAAACCUGUAAUGGAAACCAGUACAGAUUUUCCAGUUUUUAAUGGGAUUUAAUUUAUUUCUUGUGGUCAGUUUAAUGAAAUAUGAUGUUUCUAAUGGUUUGUAAUGGAUUGUGAAAUUUUAUUCUACUUCUAAAACAAGUGUUUAAUAGCAACUGGAACAUUUCUAAUGGAAACCAUUAAUCUGAUUCCCAUUACAUGAUCGAAACCAUUACAGAUUUCCUGCUUCCUAAUGAGGUUUAAUGUGUUUCUAAUGGUAUGUAAUGCUAGUAUAAUGGAAUGUCAGGUUCCUAAUGAUUCCUUUAAGCAGAAACUUGAUAGAGAGAGAAAGGGGG